UUGCCCUGCUCUGUGAGAGAAGCUUCACACGUAAAUGAAACACGGAAUAGCCCAUUCUAGUGCCCUGCGGAACUGAGGGGGGGCCAUGAUCUAACCGACAGAAGCCCGCAGUUUAUCGGUGCGUUCUCGAUGGUUUCUGUAAUAAAACGGUGGUAAGUCUUCACUGGCGCUUGCCACUCAGUCGUAGAAGCAGAGAAGCUGAAAGCCAGAUAGAGCCAGUGAAGUCAAACGGAUCUUGCGAUGCCAACCACGGAUGCAGAGCCAGGCAUGAGCAGAGGCACGGCUGCUGAAGCCCCGGCCUUACAGAGCCAGCCCCCCGGUGAACGCGCAGUGAGUGUGCUGUGGUCAUUCGGAAAGUGCCUGGGCGCUCUUGUACCCGUGUACUUGGCCGGAUAUUAUGGCUUCAGCAUCAGCGUAGUCCUCUUCGGUCUGAUGAUCUACAUGGGCUGGAAACACAGUCGACUGGAGAAAAUGAUGAGGCUCAAAUCUGCAAUGUACCUCCUGGAGAACGAGAGGGAAUUCACCACUGAAAAGGUUUUCAGGACCAAAAGGGAUUUGCCUCCCUGGGUCAACUUUCCAGAUGUGGAAAAAGUGGAGUGGCUGAACAAGAUCUUGCAGCAGGCUUGGCCCUUUAUAGGCCAGUAUCUGGAGAAGCUGCUGGUGGAAACCAUUGCUCCUGCCAUCCGUACCGCCAACAUUCAUCUGCAGACUCUCAGCUUCACCAAGGUCAACAUAGGAGACAAGGCUGUGAAGGUAGUUGGUGUAAAGGCUCACACAGAACACGAUAAAAAACAAGUUAUGUUGGAUUUGUACCUGAGCUAUGCCGGGGAUGUCGAGAUUAAUGUGGAAAUCAAAAAGUACUUUUGCAAAGCCGGAGUGAAAGGAGUACAGCUCCAUGGGAAGCUGCGUGUGAUCCUCGAGCCUCUGAUCGGAGACAUGCCACUGGUUGGAGCCAUCACAAUGUUCUUCAUCCGCAGGCCUAAACUGGACAUCAACUGGACUGGGCUGACCAACCUGUUAGACAUCCCUGGGUUGAAUGCCAUGUCGGACACUAUGAUAAUGGAUGCAAUAGCCUCCCACCUGGUGCUCCCCAACCGUCUCACUGUUCCCCUGGUGGCCGACCUGCACGUUGCUCAGCUCCGCUCCCCUCUCCCAAGGGGAGUUGUGCGUAUCCACCUGCUGGAGGCUGAAGACCUGACUGCCAAGGAUACAGUCAUCAAAGGCUUAAUCGAUGGGAAGUCGGACCCGUAUGCCGUUCUGCGUGUAGGAACCCAGAUCUUCACCUCUCAUCACGUGGACAGCAACCUGAACCCACAGUGGAGAGAGAUGUAUGAGGUGAUUGUCCAUGAAGUACCUGGUCAGGAGUUGGAAGUGGAAGUGUUUGACAAAGACCCAGACCAGGAUGACUUCCUGGGGAGGGUCAAAGUGGAUCUUGAUAUUGUAAAGAAAGCAAGGAUUGUGGAUGAUUGGUUCAAUUUGAAGGACGUCCCAUCCGGCAGCGUUCACCUCCGGCUGGAGUGGCUCUCUCUGCUGUCCUCUGCUGACAGACUGAGUGAGGUGAUCCAAAACAACAAGAACUUGACCAGUAAGACAGCUGAUCCCCCAUCUUCCGCCAUCCUAGCCAUCUACCUUGAUCAAGCUCACGAACUGCCUAUGAGAAAAGGCAAUAAGGACCCCAGCCCAAUGGCGCAGAUUUCCAUUCAGGAUACAACUAAAGAGAGCAAGACUUGCUAUGGAACCAACAGCCCUGUGUGGGAGGAUGCCUUUACCUUCUUUAUUCAGGAUCCCCGCAAACAAGACAUCGACAUUCAAGUGAAAGAUGAUGACCGUGCUCUGACCCUGGGCAGCCUGACCAUCCCUCUGAGCCGUCUUCUCGUGGCCCCUGAACUCACAAUGGACCAGUGGUUCCAUCUGGAGAAUUCUGGUUCUGCCAGCCGCAUCUUCGUCAAAAUUGUGCUUAGGGUUUUGUGGCUAAGCUAUGAUGCCACCCCUACAACUCCGUCUCCUCGGCCUUCAGACUCUGGGCCCGGGAUGGGUCAGGGGGGAAUCGCAUCAGAGCUGAACCCUAUGGGCCCCGGUGGAUUAGGUAAACCUCAACCAACACGACCACAGCACACCACGCCCGACCCAGAGUUUGCAACAGAGGGAGUGCUGCGUAUCCAUCUAGUGGAGGCCCAAAACCUGAUAGCGAAGGAUAACUUCAUGGGGGGCAUGGUGAAGGGGAAGAGCGACCCCUACGUCAAGAUCCGUGUUGCUGGUAUCACUUACCGUAGCCACACCAUUAAAGAGAACCUCAAUCCCAUCUGGAAUGAACUCUACGAGGUGAUUUUGACUGAGCUUCCAGGUCAGGAGAUCCAGUUUGAGUUGUUUGACAAGGACCUCGAUCAGGAUGAUUUCCUUGGAAGGUUCAAGCUUAGCCUACGAGACAUCAUCAGCGCACAAUUCAUCGAUAUGUGGUACACUCUAAAUGAUGUGAAGUCAGGUCGAGUUCACCUGGUGCUGGAGUGGCUGCCCAGAGUCACUGACCUACCCAGACUGGAGCAGAUCCUGCAGUACCAAUCCCAGCAGUCGUACCAGAACAAGGUUGUGCCAUCAGCGGCUGCGCUAUUUGUGUAUGUCGAGCGUGCCCAUGGACUGUCGCUGAAGAAGAGUGGAAAGGAGCCAAAAGUUGGGGCUGAAGUUAUCCUCAAAAGCGUUUCAAACAAAACCAAGGUUUGUGAACGUUCCACAUCCCCUCGAUGGGAUGAAGCCUUUCACUUUUUGGUUCGCGACCCCAGAGAUGAAACACUCACAGUGAAGCUCUCUCACAGCUGGGGCCAGGCCCUUGGGUCCCUGACACUUCCUCUCAGAGAGGUGUUGCUUGAGCCGGGCUUAGUGCUGGACCGCUGGCUCAAUCUGGAUGGAGCAUUGCCAGAAAGCCAGAUACUACUGAGGGUCACCCUCAAGAUCUUGGACACUCAGCUGGCUGUGUGCCGUAGGGCUCCAGGGGAGGUAGGUAAUGACGCCGGCGUGGAAGAGGUCGUUCCCAGAUGGGUUCCUUCCCAUCUGGACCUCAGACACCGAAGUGGAUUCGCCAUAGCUGGUGAUAACGGAAACGCAACAGGCCAGGUGAAGCUUACCAUCGGCUACUCCACAGAGGAGUGCAGGCUUUUCAUCACAGUUCACUCCUGCAGAUCCCUGGCAGCCUGCUCCAAGGACGGUGCGGACCCGUAUGUUUCCUUCAUCCUGCUGCCUGACAAGAAGGCUACCACCAAGAGGAGAACUACCACGAAGAAGAGAGACCUCAACCCAGAAUUCAACGAGAGGUUUGACUUUGAUUUCUCUCUUGAGGAGUCCAUACAGAGAAGACUGGAUCUGUCUGUGAAGAACAGCGUCUCUUUCAUGAGCAGAGAGAGGGAGCUUAUCGGCAAGUUGCAGCUGGACCUGGACCAAAUUGACCUCAAGACUGGUGUCACACAAUGGUAUGAUUUGGUAGCCGAGACCAACUAGAAGAAUCAAUGGCUGGUCUUAAGUAAUAUAUCAUUAAGUGUCGCUUCCGUGGUCUGUGAUUUGUGUGUUUGUGUAUUCAGCUUAAAUUAAAUUUCCACCAUCACUGAAGAAACGAUGACAUAUCUGCUCAUCAACAACACAGUCCAUCAGUAUUUAUGAGAAGAAACUUUACAUGUAGCUUGUCAUCCGUAAAGUGUUAAAUGUGGUGAAUCCAUGCUGUCUUGGACAAAUUCUUCAGUAGAAUAUUUUGGCUGAAUAGAUAUUUGAUAAUAAUGCAACUAUGUUGCGCAACCUACCAAGUUUAUAUAUUCAAAAAUAUGUCAAAGUCCUCUUUGAAUUUAAUUAUAAAAGGGCUUAUGAUGUGGUUGAUAUUCUAAGGUAUGACAAUGUUUCAUGGAUUUACAGCAUCCAACACAAUUAAAAGAGAUUCCUUUACAAUUUAUUUUUUACAAUCUUCAAAUAAUUCCCAAAUAUUACUUUGUUUAUAUACGUUUAUAUUAUUGCCUUAAGUAUUACAAAACUGUGCACAAUUUGUCUGUGUUUAUGAAUUAUGUUCCAAAUGAAGUUUUAUAUGUUUUAACCAGAGCUCUCUUGAAGUUGCUUUUAUAAAUCAAAAGUAUUACAAACCUAGACCCUCACGUUUACCACUGAAAACAGAGGUAUUAUACUGUAAGCAGAGUCUAAAUCACUGUGCUUUUAUGAAGAGAAAACUUUGUAGAUACUGAAAACACAUUGCUGGUGUUCUUGCACCCAUGCUUCUUUGUGUUAGUAUAUGUUUGUAGCGCUAAAUGCAGCAGGCUGACUCUGUCAGCUGUGUUUAUUCUUAGUUUUUCAAGCAAAACAGUUAUGACCUUACAAGAAGCAAAGCAAGCAAAUAGUGUACACCAGCAGUGUACCUCACCACAAAGGCGCGGACACUGAUUUGGGGUAAUGGAAAGAAAAUUGGUGUCGGAACUGAAGAAGAAAACUGCUGAGCUUUGACAUUAUUUGAAACAUAUCAUCAUGUAUCUGCUGAAGUUGUUGAUUAAAGUUUGCACUCUCAUGAA